AUGUUUGGCAUCUUCCCAGGUAAGCUACGCGUCCGCAUUUUGUUAUGCAAUUAUGUUGACUGAUUUCCUAUACCUGUCAUGUUUUGAUUUUAGUAUGUUACUAUGACGUGGUUUCAGUUGCUAACUGAAUUAAUGUAUUUCUUAAUUUUAAUGUUUUACAAUCCUUUUACCAUUAUGGCUGUGUAGGAAUUUGUAACCUAUCAGAAUGAAGGUUUGUAGGCUAAGUUUCGCAGUAUUACAUCAUGAAAUAGCAGCAGUAGCCCGCUGCGCUUUGUCCACACCAACGUGUCGGACUGCCGGUCGCUGUCCAUGGUGCUGAACUAACGCUAUCUCUGCCGCUUCCGGACUCUUUCUAUCCGGUCUCUCUCGUCCAGCUCUAGGCUUUGGGGUCGACCCUGCCCUCCGCAUCAACGUAUUCGAUGAACUGAAGUUGGGAGAGUCGUUCGCUGGAGUUUUCCAAGUUCAGGGGUUCCACAAUGAGAGCAGAGCCUUUCUUUUACAAGGUAAGACCCAACAAUUAUAUUUUACCCAUAUCCAUGUAUUCCUCCCUCUGUGUACUUCGAUCUUGUUUACGUUUGAACGUGCGACUAAUCUUCUGUUAUGUCUUAAGACAUUGAGUUCAAAUAGUCUACACACAUGUUAAAAAGCAGGUAACCUAUUGAAUUACAAUCAGUAGGCCUACUACUAGGAUGGACGUUUUGUCUUGACAUUUCACCCAUAGCGUGAUAAAGCAUUAAAGUUAGCCUAGGCCUAUGACGAUAAUAGAUAACACCAGCAGGCUGCAGUGAACUAUUGGCAGCGACAUUAUUGUUUAAAUCUAUAAAUUAUAGACUAUUAAUCCCUAUCCUUUGCAAAAAGUGGAUCAGCAAAACAAAGAUCCAAUAUAGAAAUCCAACCCAUACAGAAGCAUUUCAUUCGGGCCAUUCAGCUGUUCCCAUAUUGCGACUUCUAAUCCCAUGUCUGGAGUUUUAGGUUUGGUAGGCACUGGCAUACCACAUCCCCCCACACACACCCCCAGAGGUCAUAUGCCAUGGCAAUUUGUUUGGUGAAUGACAGUAAAUUAUCUGUAAGAUACAAGAAACAUUUCUGCUCAGCCUCAUUGCAAAAUGUGUAGAAUAGCAUGAUUAGCUAUGAAACUGCAAAUGUUUCUCUCUGCCCCAUGGAAAUAUGUAUAGAAUUGCAGAAAAUGAUCUUUAAAAAAGCAACAUUUUCUCUCAGUCUCAUGGAAAAAUGUGUAAAAUAGCAUGAGAUUAGCUAUAACACUGCACAUUUUUCUCUUUGCCCCAUGGCAAAAUGUGUAGAAUUGUAGAAAGUUCACUUUUCAAACUGUGUUUGUGUGGGGAUCAUUUUUUUUCAUCUUCCACAAAAGUCUCUGUUUCUUUCAUUCAGACUUUCUGUGAGUUUCUCUCUCUGAUGUCUCCAGACUGAGGGUGUUGAGCUGAGCUCCAGUGGCUCUGGAUGAGCAAGCGAUGCAGAUUCCCCCUCCCUCUAUUCACCAUUGAGUGGUGUGCUAGCGCCGACAAUUAGCAGAGCAGAAAACAGGGCUGUUUCUCUGCCUUUGUGCCGAAGCUUAAAUCAUUCAUUUAAUAGGCAUCUAUUCGUUUUUGCGCUGGCUCUCUUACACAGGCUCGAUGUACACUCACUGGACUCUAACCACACACACACACACACACACACACACACACACACACACACACACACACACACACACACACACACACACACACACACACAUUCCUUCACACUCUUCACAUAUGCAGCUGCUACUCUCUGCUUAUUAUAUGCAUAGUCACUUUACCCCGACCUACAUGUACAUAUUACCUGAAUUACCUCGACUAACCUUUACCCCUGCACAUUGACUCGGUACCGGUACCCCUUGUUUAUAGCCUUGUUAUUGUUAUUUUAUUGUGUUACUAUUUUUCCUUUAGUUUAUUUAGCAAAUGUUUCUUACUUACUUUAAAAAAACAUCAUUGUUGGUUAAGGGCUCGUAAGUAAGCAUUUCACCGUAAGGUUUACACCUGUUGUAUUCGGCGCAUGUGACAAAUUCAUUUGAUUUGAUUUGUAGGCCUUUUAUCACCAGUACCAGUACCAGUACCAGUCCAUGUCUUUGUUGAGGCUUUGAGAAUCAGAAUGAAAGGCAGAAUGGGUGUAUUCAACCCGUUUGUUAUGGCAAGCCUAAAUAAGUUCAGGAGUACAAAUGUGCCGAACAACUCACAUAAUAAGUUGCAUGGACUCACUCUGUGUGCAAUAUAGUGUUUAACAUGAUUUUUGAAUGAUUACCUCAUCUCUGUACCCCACACAUACAAUUUUCUGUAAGGUCCCUCAGUCGAGCAGUGAAUUUCAAACAUAGAUUCAACCACAAAGACAACAUUGUAGUUACUCCACAAUACUAGACUAAUUGGCAGAGUGAAAAGAAGGAAGCUUGUACAGAAUACAAAUAUUCCAAAACAUGCACCUUGUUUACAACAAGGCACUAAAGUAAUACUGCAAAAAAAUGUGGCAAAGCAAUUAACUUUUUGUCUUGAAUACAAAGUGUUAUGUUUGGGGCAAAUCCAAUACAACACAUUACUGAGUACCACUCUCCAUAAUUUCAAGCAUAGGGGUGGCAGCAUCAUGUUAUGGGUAUGCUUGUAAUCGUUAAGAACUGAGGCGUUUUUCAGGAUAAAAAAGAAAUAGAAUGGAGCAAAGCACAGGCAAAAUCCUAGAGGAAAACCUGGUUCAGUCUGCUUCCCAACAGACACUGGGAGAUGAAUGAACCUUUCAGCAGGACAAUAACUUAAAACAGGCCAAAUAUUCACUGGAGUUGCUUACCAAGAAGACAGUAAAUGUUCCUGGGUGGCCGAGUUAAAGUUUUGACUUAACUCUGCUUGAAAAUCUAUGGCAAGACUUGAAAAUCGUUGUCUAGUAAUGAUCAACAACCAAUCUGAGAGAGCUUGAAGAAUUCUGAAAAUAAUAAUUGGCAAAUAUUGUACAAUCUAGGUGUGCAAAGCUCUUAGAGACUUACCCAGAAAGACUAUCAGCUGUAUUUGCUGCCAAAGGUGAUUCUAACAUGGAUUGACUCGGGGGUGUGAAUACUUAUGUAAUUGAGAUAUUUCUGUAUUUCAUUUGCAAUAAAUUAGCAAAAAUGUCUAAAAACAUAUUUUCACUUUGUCAAUAUGGGGUAUUGUGUGUAGAUGGGUGAGAAAAAAAGUGUGUAUAAUCCAUUUUGGCUGUAACACAACAAAAUGUGGAAUGAGUCAACGGUUAUGAAUACUUUCUGAAGGCACUGUGUAUACAGGAACAUCAUACCACUGUUCUCCCUUCUCCUCUCCUCUCUCCCAGAAUUCUAGGCUUUCACAAGGAUUAGAUGGAACCCAUUAUGGUAUAUCCCUCAACUACAUCUAUUCACCUAUUAUAGAAAUUGUGUACAAUAAUAACCCAUCUGUUCCCUUGAUGCAUUCAUAGAGAUAAUUCAAAGUCAUCAUCAUAGAUAUAUGGAAUCCAGAGGUUAAAGAGGAUUUGUUACUGAAUGAUUGGAUUAGAUGGAUCAGUGCCCUCCCCCAACACACCUGCUAAAGAAUAGGAUAUGAAUGACAUCAAUGUCAGUGUGCCCAUCAACCCUGCUGAGUGAGUGUGAACCCUCCCUGUACAGAUGUAGGAUAUUGAUUUGAGCCAGUUUGCUACAGCAGAAAAAUAAUCCUGCAGCAUUAGAAUUAUAAUUAAUUGACAUUUUCGUAGGGCUUCAUACAUUUUUCAUCAGGGAAAAUCAUGUCUGAUAUUUCAAAGUGGAAAUUACAAACUUCAGAAGCCUUUUUUAACCUUAAAUACACUACAAGUUUUACAUUUCUUGCAACAGGGUGAUACAAUUAAGAACCUCCACCCAUACCUCUCUAUGCUGACGGGAUGCUCUCUCUGUUCUCUCUAAGUGCAGCGAUCAGGUUGCUGCUUACUCAUCACCCCAAUAGAGACUGUAUCUGCAGCAGCACAGCAGGACAGGAUGCUGUUAGUGUAGUGUUGUCGGUCCUACGUGUGUGUGUGUGUAUGUGAAUGCAACACACACACACACGUGAGAUGCCACUCCUCUGCCCAUUGCCAAGCUCUGUGUGCCAACCAGACAGAAGGGCAAGAGGCCUAACAGUGGUAGCAACAUUAGUCAUAGAAGAUAUACCCAUGAUGCAUUGGAUAACAGGAAGCAGAUAUCAAAGGCCUAUAUGUUGGAAACAGUUCAGUCACUAUUUUGUUAUGUAUCAUUAUGUAUCCCAGAGAGGUACAUUAGAAGUGAUAUAUCCCAGAGAGGUACAUUAUAAGUGAUGUAUCCCAGAGAGUGAUGUAUUCCAGAGAGGUACAUUAGAAGUGAUGUAUCCCAGAGAGGUACAUUAGAAGUGAUGUAUUCCAGAGAGGUACAUUAGAGGUGAUGUAUUCCAGAGAGGUACAUUAGAAGUGAUGUAUUCCAGAGAGGUACAUUAGAAGUGAUGUAUUCCGGAGAGGUACAUUAGAAGUGAUGUAUCCCAGAGAGUGAUGUAUUCCAGAGAGGUACAUUAGAAGUGAUAUAUACCAGAGAGGUACAUUAGAAGUGGUGUAUUCCAGAGAGGUACAUUAUAGGUGAUGCAUUCCAGAGAGGUACAUUAGAGGUGAUGUAUUCCAGAGAGGUACAUUAGAAGUGAUGUAUUCCAGAGAGGUACAUUAGAAGUGAUGUAUUCCAGAGAGGUACAUUAGAAGUGAUGUAUCCCAGAGAGGUACAUUAGAAGUGAUGUAUUCCAGAGAGGUACAUUAGAAGUGAUGUAUUCCAGAGAGGUACUUUAGAGGUGAUGUAUUCCAGAGAGGUACAUUAGAAGUGAUGUAUCCCAGAGAGUGAUGUAUUCCAGAGAGGUACAUUAGAAGUGAUAUAUCCCAGAGAGGUACAUUAGAAGUGAUGUAUUCCAGAGAGGUACAUUAGAGGUGAUGUAUUCCAGAGAGGUACAUUAGAGGUGAUGUAUUCCAGAGAGGUACAUUAGAGAUGAUGUAUUCCAGAGAGGUACAUUAGAGGUGAUGUAUUCCAGAGAGGUACAUUAGAAGUGAUGUAUUCCAGAGAGGUACAUUAGAAGUGAUGUAUUCCAGAGAGGCACAUUAGAAGUGAUGUAUUCCAGAGAGGUACAUUAGAAGUGAUGUAUUCCAGAGAGGUACAUUAGAGGUGAUGUAUUCCAGAGAGGUACAUUAGAAGUGAUGUAUCCCAGAUAGGUACAUUAGAAGUGAUGUAUCCCAGAGAGUGAUGUAUUCCAGAGAGGUACAUUAGAAGUGAUAUAUCCCAGAGAGGUACAUUAGAAGUGAUGUAUUCCAGAGAGGUACAUUAGAGGUGAUGUAUUCCAGAGAGGUACAUUAGAGGUGAUGUAUUCCAGAGAGGUACAUUAGAGAUGAUGUAUUCCAGAGAGGUACAUUAGAGGUGAUGUAUUCCAGAGAGGUACAUUAGAAGUGAUGUAUUCCAGAGAGGUACAUUAGAAGUGAUGUAUUCCAGAGAGGCACAUUAGAAGUGAUGUAUUCCAGAGAGGUACAUUAGAAGUGAUGUAUUCCAGAGAGGUACAUUAGAGGUGAUGUAUUCCAGAGAGGUACAUUAGAAGUGAUGUAUCCCAGAUAGGUACAUUAGAAGUGAUGUAUCCCAGAGAGGUACAUUAUAAGUGAUGUAUUUCAGAGAGGUACAUUAGAAGUGAUAUAUUCCAGAGAGGUACAUUAGAAGUGAUGUAUUCCAGAGAGGUACAUUAGAAGUGAUGUAUUCCAGAGAGGUACAUUAGAAGUGAUGUAUUCCAGAGAGGUACAUUAGAAGUGAUGUAUCCCAGACAGGUACAUUAGAAGUGAUGUAUUCCAGAGAGGUACAUUAGAAGUGAUGUAUUCCAGAGAGGUACACUAGAAGUGAUGUAUCCCAGACAGGUACAUUAGAAGUGAUAUAUUUCAGAGAGGUACAUUAGAAGUGAUGUAUUCCAGAGAGGUACAUUAGAAGUGAUGUAUUCCAGAGAGGUCCAUUAGAAGUGAUGUAUCCCAGAGAGGUACAUUAGAAGUGAUGUAUCCCAGAGAGGUACAUUAGAAGUGAUGUAUUCCAGAGAGGUACAUUAGAGGUGAUGUAUUCCAGAGAGGUACAUUAGAAGUGAUGUAUCCCAGAUAGGUACUUUAGAAGUGAUGUAUCCCAGAGAGGUACAUUAGAAGUGAUGUAUUUCAGAGAAAUGUACAUUAGAAGUGAUGUAUUCUGGAGAGGUACAUUAGAAGUGAUGUAUUCCAGAGAGGUACAUUAGAAGUGAUAUAUCCCAGAGAGGUACAUUAGAAGUGAUAUAUCCCAGAGAGGUACAUUAGAAGUGAUGUAUCCCAGAGAGUGAUGUAUUCCAGAGAGGUACAUUAGAAGUGAUGUAUCCCAGAGAGUUACAUUAGAAGUGAUGUAUUCCAGAGAGGUACAUUAGAAGUGAUGUAUCCCAGAGAGUGAUGUAUUCCAGAGAGGUACAUUAGAAGUGAUGUAUCCCAGAGAGGUACAUUAGAAGUGAUGUAUUCCAGAGAGGUACAUUAGAGGUGAUGUAUUCCAGAGAGGUACAUUGGAAGUGAUGUAUUCCAGAGAGGUACAUUAGAAGUGAUGUAUUCCGGAGAGGUACAUUAGAAGUGAUGUAUCCCAGAGAGUGAUGUAUUCCAGAGAGGGACAUUAGAAGUGAUAUAUACCAGAGAGGUACAUUAGAAGUGGUGUAUUCCAGAGAGGUACAUUAUAGGUGAUGUAUUCCAGAGAGGUACAUUAGAGGUGAUGUAUUCCAGAGAGGUACAUUAGAAGUGAUGUAUUCCAGAGAGGUACAUUAGAAGUGAUGUAUUCCAGAGAGGUACAUUAGAAGUGAUGUAUUCCAGAGAGGUACAUUAGAUGUGAUGUAUCCCAGAGAGGUACAUUAGAAGUGAUGUAUUCCAGAGAGGUACAUUAGAAGUGAUGUAUUCCAGAGAGGUACAUUAGAGGUGAUGUAUUCCAGAGAGUUACAUUAGAAGUGAUGUAUUCCAGAGAGGUACAUUAGAAGUGAUAUAUCCCAGAGAGGUACAUUAGAAGUGAUGUAUUCCAGAGAGGUACAUUAGAGGUGAUGUAUUCCAGAGAGGUACAUUAGAGAUGAUGUAUUCCAGAGAGGUACAUUAGAGGUGAUGUAUUCCAGAGAGGUACAUUAGAAGUGAUGUAUUCCAGAGAGGUACAUUAGAAGUGAUGUAUUCCAGAGAGGUACAUUAGAAGUGAUGUAUUCCGGAGAGGUACAUUAGAAGUGAUGUAUCCCAGAGAGUGAUGUAUUCCAGAGAGGGACAUUAGAAGUUAUGUAUUCCAGAGAGGUACAUUAGAAGUGAUGUAUCCCAGAGAGGUACAUUAGAAGUGAUGUAUUCCAGAGAGGUACAUUAGAAGUGAUGUAUUCCAGAGAGGUACAUUAGAGGUGAUGUAUUCCAGAGAGGUACAUUACAAGUGAUGUAUCCCAGAGAGUGAUGUAUUCCAGAGAGGUACAUUAGAAGUGAUAUAUCCCAGAGAGGUACAUUAGAAGUGAUGUAUUCCAGAGAGGUACAUUAGAGGUGAUGUAUUCCAGAGAGGUACAUUAGAGAUUAUGUAUUCCAGAGAGGUACAUUAGAGGUGAUGUAUUCCAGAGAGGUACAUUAGAAGUGAUGUAUUCCAGAGAGGUACAUUAGAAGUGAUGUAUUCCAGAGAGGUACAUUAGAAGUGAUAUAUCCCAGACAGGUACAUUAGAAGUGAUGUAUUCCAGAGAGGUACAUUAGAAGUGAUGUAUUCCAGAGAGGUACAUUAGAAGUGAUGUAUCCCAGACAGGUACAUUAGAAGUGAUGUAUUCCAGAGAGGUACAUUAGAAGUGAUGUAUUCCAGAGAGGUACAUUAGAAGUGAUGUAUUCCAGAGAGGUACAUUAGAAGUGAUGUAUUCCAGAGAGGUACAUUAGAGGUGAUGUAUUCCAGAGAGGUACAUUAGAAGUGAUGUAUCCCAGAGAGGUACAUUAGAAGUGAUGUAUUUCAGAGAAAUGUACAUUAGAAGUGAUGUAUUCUGGAGAGGUACAUUAGAAGUGAUGUAUUCCAGAGAGGUACAUUAGAAGUGAUAUAUCCCAGAGAGGUACAUUAGAAGUGAUGUAUUCCAGAGAGGUACAUUAGAAGUGAUAUAUCCCAGAGAGGUACAUUAGAAGUGAUGUAUCCCAGAGAGUGAUGUAUUCCAGAGAGGUACAUUAGAAGUGAUGUAUCCCAGAGAGUUACAUUAGAAGUGAUGUAUUCCAGAGAGGUACAUUAAAAGUGAUGUAUUCCAGAGAGGUACAUUAGAAGUGAUGUAUUCCGGAGAGGUACAUUAGAAGUGAUGUAUCCCAGAGAGUGAUGUAUUCCAGAGAGGGACAUUAGAAGUGAUAUAUACCAGAGAGGUACAUUAGAAGUGGUGUAUUCCAGAGAGGUACAUUAUAGGUGAUGUAUCCCAGAGAGGUACAUUAGAAGUGAUGUAUUUCAGAGAGGUACAUUAGAAGUGAUAUAUUCCAGAGAGGUACAUUAGAAGUGAUGUAUUCCAGAGAGGUACAUUAGAAGUGAUGUAUUCCAGAGAGGUACAUUAGAAGUGAUGUAUUCCAGAGAGGUACAUUAGAAGUGAUGUAUCCCAGACAGGUACAUUAGAAGUGAUGUAUUCCGGAGAGGUACAUUAGAAGUGAUGUAUUCCAGAGAGGUACACUAGAAGUGAUGUAUCCCAGACAGGUACAUUAGAAGUGAUAUAUUUCAGAGAGGUACAUUAGAAGUGAUGUAUUCCAGAGAGGUACAUUAGAAGUGAUGUAUUCCAGAGAGGUCCAUUAGAAGUGAUGUAUCCCAGAGAGGUACAUUAGAAGUGAUGUAUCCCAGAGAGGUACAUUAGAAGUGAUGUAUUCCAGAGAGGUACAUUAGAGGUGAUGUAUUCCAGAGAGGUACAUUAGAAGUGAUGUAUCCCAGAUAGGUACUUUAGAAGUGAUGUAUCCCAGAGAGGUACAUUAGAAGUGAUGUAUUUCAGAGAAAUGUACAUUAGAAGUGAUGUAUUCUGGAGAGGUACAUUAGAAGUGAUGUAUUCCAGAGAGGUACAUUAGAAGUGAUAUAUCCCAGAGAGGUACAUUAGAAGUGAUAUAUCCCAGAGAGGUACAUUAGAAGUGAUGUAUCCCAGAGAGUGAUGUAUUCCAGAGAGGUACAUUAGAAGUGAUGUAUCCCAGAGAGUUACAUUAGAAGUGAUGUAUUCCAGAGAGGUACAUUAGAAGUGAUGUAUCCCAGAGAGUGAUGUAUUCCAGAGAGGUACAUUAGAAGUGAUGUAUCCCAGAGAGGUACAUUAGAAGUGAUGUAUUCCAGAGAGGUACAUUAGAGGUGAUGUAUUCCAGAGAGGUACAUUGGGAGUGAUGUAUUCCAGAGAGGUACAUUAGAAGUGAUGUAUUCCGGAGAGGUACAUUAGAAGUGAUGUAUCCCAGAGAGUGAUGUAUUCCAGAGAGGGACAUUAGAAGUGAUAUAUACCAGAGAGGUACAUUAGAAGUGGUGUAUUCCAGAGAGGUACAUUAUAGGUGAUGUAUUCCAGAGAGGUACAUUAGAGGUGAUGUAUUCCAGAGAGGUACAUUAGAAGUGAUGUAUUCCAGAGAGGUACAUUAGAAGUGAUGUAUUCCAGAGAGGUACAUUAGAAGUGAUGUAUUCCAGAGAGGUACAUUAGAUGUGAUGUAUCCCAGAGAGGUACAUUAGAAGUGAUGUAUUCCAGAGAGGUACAUUAGAAGUGAUGUAUUCCAGAGAGGUACAUUAGAGGUGAUGUAUUCCAGAGAGUUACAUUAGAAGUGAUGUAUUCCAGAGAGGUACAUUAGAAGUGAUAUAUCCCAGAGAGGUACAUUAGAAGUGAUGUAUUCCAGAGAGGUACAUUAGAGGUGAUGUAUUCCAGAGAGGUACAUUAGAGAUGAUGUAUUCCAGAGAGGUACAUUAGAGGUGAUGUAUUCCAGAGAGGUACAUUAGAAGUGAUGUAUUCCAGAGAGGUACAUUAGAAGUGAUGUAUUCCAGAGAGGUACAUUAGAAGUGAUGUAUUCCGGAGAGGUACAUUAGAAGUGAUGUAUCCCAGAGAGUGAUGUAUUCCAGAGAGGGACAUUAGAAGUGAUGUAUUCCAGAGAGGUACAUUAGAAGUGAUGUAUCCCAGAGAGGUACAUUAGAAGUGAUGUAUUCCAGAGAGGUACAUUAGAAGUGAUGUAUUCCAGAGAGGUACAUUAGAGGUGAUGUAUUCCAGAGAGGUACAUUACAAGUGAUGUAUCCCAGAGAGUGAUGUAUUCCAGAGAGGUACAUUAGAAGUGAUAUAUCCCAGAGAGGUACAUUAGAAGUGAUGUAUUCCAGAGAGGUACAUUAGAGGUGAUGUAUUCCAGAGAGGUACAUUAGAGAUUAUGUAUUCCAGAGAGGUACAUUAGAGGUGAUGUAUUCCAGAGAGGUACAUUAGAAGUGAUGUAUUCCAGAGAGGUACAUUAGAAGUGAUGUAUUCCAGAGAGGUACAUUAGAAGUGAUAUAUCCCAGACAGGUACAUUAGAAGUGAUGUAUUCCAGAGAGGUACAUUAGAAGUGAUGUAUUCCAGAGAGGUACAUUAGAAGUGAUGUAUCCCAGACAGGUACAUUAGAAGUGAUGUAUUCCAGAGAGGUACAUUAGAAGUGAUGUAUUCCAGAGAGGUACAUUAGAAGUGAUGUAUUCCAGAGAGGUACAUUAGAAGUGAUGUAUUCCAGAGAGGUACAUUAGAGGUGAUGUAUUCCAGAGAGGUACAUUAGAAGUGAUGUAUCCCAGAGAGGUACAUUAGAAGUGAUGUAUUUCAGAGAAAUGUACAUUAGAAGUGAUGUAUUCUGGAGAGGUACAUUAGAAGUGAUGUAUUCCAGAGAGGUACAUUAGAAGUGAUAUAUCCCAGAGAGGUACAUUAGAAGUGAUGUAUUCCAGAGAGGUACAUUAGAAGUGAUAUAUCCCAGAGAGGUACAUUAGAAGUGAUGUAUCCCAGAGAGUGAUGUAUUCCAGAGAGGUACAUUAGAAGUGAUGUAUCCCAGAGAGGUACAUUAGAAGUGAUGUAUUCCAGAGAGGUACAUUAAAAGUGAUGUAUUCCAGAGAGGUACAUUAGAAGUGAUGUAUUCCGGAGAGGUACAUUAGAAGUGAUGUAUCCCAGAGAGUGAUGUAUUCCAGAGAGGGACAUUAGAAGUGAUAUAUACCAGAGAGGUACAUUAGAAGUGGUGUAUUCCAGAGAGGUACAUUAUAGGUGAUGUAUUCCAGAGAGGUACAUUAGAGGUGAUGUAUUCCAGAGAGGUACAUUAGAAGUGAUGUAUUCCAGAGAGGUACAUUAGAAGUGAUGUAUUCCAGAGAGGUACAUUAGAAGUGAUGUAUUCCAGAGAGGUACAUUAGAAGUGAUGUAUCCCAGAGAGGUAUAUUAGAAGUGAUGUAUUCCAGAGAGGUACAUUAGAAGUGAUGUAUUCCAGAGAGGUACAUUAGAGGUGAUGUAUUCCAGAGAGGUACAUUAGAAGUGAUGUAUCCCAGAGAGUGAUGUAUUCCAGAGAGGUACAUUAGAAGUGAUAUAUCCCAGAGAGGUACAUUAGAAGUGAUGUAUUCCAGAGAGGUACAUUAGAGAUGAUGUAUUCAAGAGAGGUACAUUAGAGGUGAUGUAUUCCAGAGAGUUACAUUAGAAGUGAUAUAUUCCAGAGAGGUACAUUAGAAGUGAUGUAUUCCAGAGAGGUACAUUAGAGGUGAUAUAUCCCAGACAGGUACAUUAGAAGUGAUGUAUUCCAGAGAGGUACAUUAGAAGUGAUGUAUUCCAGAGAGGUACAUUAGAAGUGAUGUAUCCCAGACAGGUACAUUAGAAGUGAUGUAUUCCAGAGAGGUACAUUAGAAGUGAUGUAUUCCAGAGAGGUACAUUAGAUGUGAUGUAUUUCAGAGAGGUACAUUAGAAGUGAUGUAUUCCAGAGAGGUACAUUAGAAGUGAUGUAUUCAGAGAGGUACAUUAGAGGUGAUGUAUUCCAGAGAGGUACAUUAGAAGUGAUGUAUCCCAGAGAGUGAUAUAUUCCAGAGAGGUACAUUAGAAGUGAUAUAUCCCAGAGAGGUACAUUAGAAGUGAUGUAUUCCAGAGAGGUACAUUAGAGGUGAUGUAUUCCAGAGAGGUACAUUAGAAGUGAUGUAUCCCAGAGAGGUACAUUAGAAGUGAUGUAUUCCAGAGAGGUACAUUAGAAGUGAUGUAUUCCAGAGAGGUACAUUAGAAGUGAUGUAUUCCAGAGAGGUACAUUAGAAGUGAUGUAUUCCAGAGAGGUACAUUAGAAGUGAUGUAUUCCAGAGAGGUACAUUAGAAGUGAUGUAUCCCAGAGAGUGAUGUAUUCCAGAGAGGUACAUUAGAAGUGAUGUAUCCCAGAGAGGUACAUUAGAAGUGAUGUAUUCCAGAGAGGUACAUUAGAAGUGAUGUAUUCCAGAGAGGUACAUUAGAAGUGUAUCAGUAUGUGGUAGAGGUAAUAACUUAGAUCAGAUGUCCCAUCAGAACAAGAAUUAUCUGGUUUAAUCUGACCAUUUGAGAUUGAAACAGGUUGACAUUUUGUAAAAACGAGUCAUCCUGUCUUCUCAGUUCUCUCUCUCUUUCUCUCUCUCUCUCUCUCUCUCUCUCUCUCUCUCUCUCUCUCUCUCUCUCUCUCUCUCUCUCUCUUUCUCUCUCUCUCUCUCUCUCUCUCUCUAUCUCUCUCUCUCUCUAUCUCGCUACCUCUGUCUCUCUGCCAGGCUGUAGAAACCUGCAGUGUUCACUCCCCUGCUUUAAUUCAACGCUAUUUGGAGUUGAGACACUUGUUCCCUGUGUAAUGGCUACGUGUCAUGUAUCAUUCAACUGAUUUACAGUUUUUCUCGAUUGCUAAGACACAUUUCUUGAAAGCUGCUCUCAUUUUCUCUUAACUGUGAACACAAAACCCAAUUUUCAAGCUACAUUCACAAAACCUCAGAAUCUUCUUGCAAAACCAAACUUUCACCUCAAAACAGUUCAAUCUGUGCUCAAAACUGAACUAUGUUGUCAAAUCGUGCCCCGAGUCAAUCAAAAUAAAAAACACUACUGAACAGUCACUAAACACUACGUAGAAAAAUAGAAAACACAAUGCUCAGGACAUGAAGCUGGAGAAAUAAAUGUUUAUUGUUCACUGUAGGCUAAAUGCAUGUUGCAAAACAAAAAAAACCUGUGCAUUUAGCACUUGUACAAAAAGACAAAACAGAAAUCUUGUGCAUUUACAUGUAGCACUUGUAAAAACAAACAGAAAUCUUAUGCGUUUGCCACUUGUGUACAGUAAGCCCAUGUAAAAAUAAAGUACAAAAAUAUACAAAUAAGUGCAUUACUCAGCCACAGCAUCAUGUCUCCAUACUGGGUCAGGCCACAGGACUUCAUCCACAUCACAGGCCACAUUUUGUCUGGCCAGGCAACGGGGGAAAAAACCCCUGGCAUGCCGUAUCCAGGCUUGGCAUGCCUCCACACCUAUGUCACCACAGGCAAGUCCCAUGGCUUGCAGGAGAUUUACCCUGGUGUAAGGUUGGCGUUCAUAUACCUUCCACCGCCAUGAGGAGAAGAAUUCCUCAAUGGGGUUUAGGAAAGGGGAGUACGGUGGAAGGCAAAGAUUGAUAAAACCUUGGUUCAUAUUGUACCACUCUCUAACCUGGAGGGCUCUGUGAAAACUCACAUUGUCCCAAACAACAACAUAGAUGGGAUGCUCAUCCUGCUGCCCUAACAAAGCAUCUCGCAUGUGAUUGAGGAAAAUGAGGAGCUGGUGAGUGUUGUAGGGCCCCAGGUUGGCAUGAUGGUGGACAACCCCAUGAUUGCUGAUGGCAGCACAUAAUGUGACAUUGCCACCACGCUGCCCAGGAACACCAACAAUGGCCCGAUGGCCAAUCACAUUACGGCCUCUCCUUCUCCUUUUGGUGAGAUUAAACCCAGCUUCAUCCAUGUAGAUGUAUUGAUGGGGUCUUUCCAUUGCAUCCAGUUGAAAAACCCUCUGUAGAAAUAGAUAUAGUUUUGUAAGUGAUACGGAAAAAGUGAUUUAGGCCACUACAGUAAAUCACUACUUAGAGUAAUCAACAUUGAAUGUGUCUGGAUAUAUGCCAACCUGUACAUACUGGAAUCUUUGCUCUUUGACUCUGUCUGAGUUGCGAUCAAAGGGCACUCUGUAUAGCUGUUUCAUGCGCAGUCUGUUGCGCUUGAGGACACGAUCAACAGUAGAGAGGCUGACACUGUUGAUACAAUGAUCUUCUGCUGAAUUUCGCUCAGUUUAAUGGCAUUGUUCUCACGGACCAUAUCAACAAUUAGGGUCUCUUGGUGUGGGGAGAACAUACCUGUCCUCCCACCCCCAUGUGGCAGUCUUUCAAUUCUACAAAAAGAGAACAUGGAGUUACAAAAAAUAUACAUGGAAUACUAGGCCUACAAACAGUUAGACCAACCCUCCAUUACAAUACUACAGUACAUUGGUACAGUGAUGUACUGAAACAUAUAUUUACUUACAGUAUACUGUGGUACAGUAUAUAGUAUGUCAUACAGUAAUUGCUGUCAACAUUUACACAAACUGUACUAUAAUGUCAAAAAAAGGUAAUUACCUGUUCUCUUCUCUAAAUCUUCGGAUUAUGGUGGACACAGUGAAUCUACUGAUGUUUGGUUGUACCCUUUGUCCAGCCUCCCGCAUGCUCAUACCAUGGACAAGAACAUGGUCAAUCACAGUAGCUCUGAUUUCAUCAGAUAUUACUGUUCUUUGUCUUCGCUGACCACCUCGACCACCUCGACCACCUCGACCUCUCACACGAACUCUUCCUCUCAGAUUUCUAUCCAUUGUAGGGCCUCACAAACCAGUGCUCUCUGAACUGGCUUACUGUAUAUGUUCCCUCACAUCAUUAGCCACAAGUGUGAUCAAUUUUGAGUUGUUGUGUUCAAGUGGUGACACCUGUGCUCUAAUUGUGUUUGACUUUUGUCACCUGUGCUCACCAUUAUGCAGCACGGGUGCAUCACAAUGAAAAUGUGUUGGCAAGUUAUGUCUAAACAGGUGAAAAGUGCUUAUGGUUGGCAUGAUGGUGGACAACCCCAUGAUUGCUGAUGGCAGCACAUAAUGUGACAUUGCCACCACGCUGCCCAGGAACACCAACAAUGGCCCGAUGGCCAAUCACAUUACGGCCUCUCCUUCUCCUUUUGGUGAGAUUAAACCCAGCUUCAUCCAUGUAGAUGUAUUGAUGGGGUCUUUCCAUUGCAUCCAGUUGAAAAACCCUCUGUAGAAAUAGAUAUAGUUUUGUAAGUGAUACGGAAAAAGUGAUUUAGGCCACUACAGUAAAUCACUACUUAGAGUAAUCAACAUUGAAUGUGUCUGGAUAUAUGCCAACCUGUACAUACUGGAAUCUUUGCUCUUUGACUCUGUCUGAGUUGCGAUCAAAGGGCACUCUGUAUAGCUGUUUCAUGCGCAGUCUGUUGCGCUUGAGGACACGAUCAACAGUAGAGAGGCUGACACUGUUGAUACAAUGAUCUUCUGCUGAAUUUCGCUCAGUUUAAUGGCAUUGUUCUCAUGGACCAUAUCAACAAUUAGGGUCUCUUGGUGUGGGGAGAACAUACCUGUCCUCCCACCCCCAUGUGGCAGUCUUUCAAUUCUACAAAAAGAGAACAUGGAGUUACAAAAAAUAUACAUGGAAUACUAGGCCUACAAACAGUUAGACCAACCCUCCAUUACAAUACUACAGUACAUUGGUACAGUGAUGUACUGAAACAUAUAUUUACUUACAGUAUACUGUGGUACAGUAUAUAGUAUGUCAUACAGUAAUUGCUGUCAACAUUUACACAAACUGUACUAUAAUGUCAAAAAAAGGUAAUUACCUGUUCUCUUCUCUAAAUCUUCGGAUUAUGGUGGACACAGUGAAUCUACUGAUGUUUGGUUGUACCCUUUGUCCAGCCUCCCGCAUGCUCAUACCAUGGACAAGAACAAGGUCAAUCACAGUAGCUCUGAUUUCAUCAGAUAUUACUGUUCUUUGUCUUCGCUGACCACCUCGACCACCUCGACCACCUCGACCUCCUCUCACACGAACUCUUCCUCUCAGAUUUCUAUCCAUUGUAGGGCCUCACAAACCAGUGCUCUCUGAACUGGCUUACUGUAUAUGUUCCCUCACAUCAUUAGCCACAAGUGUGAUCAAUUUUGAGUUGUUGUGUUCAAGUGGUGACACCUGUGCUCUAAUUGUGUUUGACUUUUGUCACCUGUGCUCACCAUUAUGCAGCACGGGUGCAUCACAAUGAAAAUGUGUUGGCAAGUUAUGUCUAAACAGGUGAAAAGUGCUUAUGGUUUUGCCAAAAGAGUGAUUGAUUCAAUCAGUGGGUUCAGGCAACUGAGCAUUUGGUUCAGACAAUAGGGUUUAGUGUUUUAGCAAUUGAGAAAAACUGUAAAUAGGCACACACAUACGCACACACACACACACACGCACACACACACACACACACACACACACACACGUUCGGUUCCUGUGACAAAAUCCAUGGCAUGUACCUGUAUCUUUAACUUUAAUGAUAUAUCAUGUAAUGACUUUACUGGUCAAACUUUUACACCCCAAACUUGAUAAAAGCACAAGGCAGCAUUUCCUUCUCAUUGAUCAUCUAAAUGUGAUCUUUCUCUGUGUCCAGGGUUGAUGCUGUGGUUUAUUUAUGGUGUUAUGCUUGCUCAGGGAGAUAACUAACUAGUAUUGUGAUGAUGGAGGCAGGCUGGCACCAGUGUGAGUGUGUGUGUGUGUGUGUUUAAAUUUUUAUAGUUGUCCAACCCGGGGUGUGGUUUAAUACCCGCAAGACAGAAAAAGGCUAAAAGAGGGCCAGGUUUAGCCCGGAAAGAACCCCAAAAAAAGGGAGAGAGGCGAUUUUCAGAAAAAGAGGCGAGAUAGAAAAGAGAAGGAAAAUCAGAAAAGAGAGAAAAAAAGCUAUCCCCCGCCCCCCCGAGGUCCCUCUCUUUUCCCCCUCCCCCGUUUUUUUUUUCUUCCCCGGGGCCCCCCAAAAUUCCCGGGCCGGCUGCCCCUUUUAAAAACUUUUAAACGGCGGCGUUUGGCGGUAAAUUCUAAAAACCGGGGGCUGGGGAAGGGGCAAACAAUCUCGCUUUUCGGGGCUCUCUCUGCUUUUUGGGGGGGCUCCUUCCCAGCCUCCGGCUUCCUUUUUCUUUUCCCCCUUUUUGGGUUUUCCCGCGGGACAAUUAUAGGGGUUAAAAAAAGGGGGGGGCCCCCAGGGGGGUUAAAAAUGGGGGAGGGGGAUUUGGAAAGGGUUUUUUGGGGGGCCGGAAUUGAACCUUUUGGAAAUCCCUUUAACUUUUUGCCAAAAUCCAAAGGCCUGAAGUCUUUUUUGGAACUCUUAUUACUUUUUGUCUCUGUGGCACCUAAAAAGGGGGGGUUGGGAUCUAUAUCCAACCCUUAAACAAAACACCCUUUUUUCCCGGGGGAAAACAGUUUUUUUCCCUUUUUCAAGGGGAAUUGGGUUUUGUAAAAAAAAAGGAAGGGGGAGGGGUCCCCGUUUUUUUCCUUUUGGUGGGGGUUUUUUGUGUGUUUCCAAAAAACCCCAUGGGGGUAAAUUUUAAAAAACCAACCCCCAACCAUUUGCCAAGUUAUUUGGGGAAGAUUUUAAGGGGGGGAAAAAAUUUUUUUCCCUUUCCCCAAAUUGGGGCCUUCUUUCCCCCUAUUGGAACCCAAAGGGGCGGGGGGUUAACAAUUUCCAACCCUUCCUGAGAACCCACUAUUUUCUAACUUAAAAAUUUUUUCCCGUUUUCCCCAAAAAGCAUGAAAAAAAUCCUGUUUUUUUAAAAUCUUGUUAGGAAAAAAUAUACAUUUUUUGUAGGGGUUUUUCCUUUUUUUUUUAGGAUAAAUCAAGUAUGACAUUUUUAAAAAUGGAAAAUUAACCCAAAAUUUAGAACCUUUUUAAUCCUUGAAUAUACUCCCCUUUUGGGAUUUUUUUUUUUCUGCCACGGAAAAAUUUCCGGGGACAAAGAGGAUCAAAAAAAAUUUACAACUGUAAAAUGGUCACCCAAAAUUUCCAAAUUUUCCCUGUUUCCCGGUUUAAAGGGUUUGGGCAUAGUUAAAUCUUACUGUUUUGGGAAUUUUUUACAUAGUGGGGAUGCCCAAAAUUUAAGGUCCCAGACCUGCUGUUUAUUUUCAAUCGACUACCCACAUUUUUUCCGCUUGAGGGCCGUACCCCCCUCUAAUUUCUAAUUUGUUUUAAUUGCAUUUUCUUCUGUGGGGUUUUAUUUUAAAAAUUGAAUGCCUUGAAUUAUUUUGGGAAAGAGCCCCCCCCUUGCGUCUACUAAAUACUGUUGUUUUGAGAGUUUAAUUCGUGUUGUGGGGGAUAAUGGUUUCCCCAAGAAACCCCCCCCACCCCCCCAACCACUCCCUUUGGCACUUUGUCAAUUAAGGGCAGACCUGGGGUGUUUAAAAGUAUUGUUAUAGAAAAGGGAAACCUGAAAAUUUUCUUUUUCUCUUUUGUUCUUUUCUGUCUUUUUUUCCCGAUGAUAAUGGAGGGGGGGAGACCCAAAAGAGAGAAUUUUUGGGUUUUUCCUCCUCAAAAGGGUUUCAUGUUACCCCCCCUGUUACUGCUGUUUUAGAAAAGCAAACCCCCCCCCCCGACCACUACAAUCAUCUAAAAUGUCCUCAUCAGCUAUGUGGGUUCACACAGUUAUUUUUUUCAGUUGAGUUUAAAAAAUGACGUAAACGAUCAACUGUAGUUUCAUGUCCCCCCUCUAAAAAUCCCCUUUUUCACAUGUUUCUUAAAGUGGAAAUACAUUACUGUAUCUGGGGUUUUUUUAAAACUGGGAAACUAUGGUGUAUCUACCCGUAUCUAUGGUAUAAAAAAAAUUCCCUUUUUUUGGUCCUGUUCUAUGGUAACAUACUGAUCUAAAGGUAUUUCAUUUCUGUAUCUAUGGGAGUUAAAUGUUCCCCUUUGGGAGUAAUUCUGUAUUUUGGUAAUACAUAUGACUUUUGGGUUUCUGCACUAUGGGGUUUUUACGUAUCUAGAUUUUUUCUUGCAUCAUGGGAGGACAACGGGACCCAGGGGAAUAAAAUGGACAGGGGGGGUACAACGGGAACUAUGGGAAGUAAACUGGAUCCGGGGGGGGGGUACGGGACAGGGGGUAUAACGGGAUCUAUGGAGUACAUACUGGUUUUUAAAGGAUAUACUGUAUCAUUUGGGAGUACCUACUGUAUCUAUGGUAGUAUAACUGUAUCUAUGGUAGUACAUACUGUAUCUAUGGUAGUAUAUACUGUAUCUAUGGUAGUAUAUACUGUAUCUAUGGUAGUAUAACUGUAUCUAUGGUAGUACAUACUGUAUCUAUGGUAGUAUAUACUGUAUCUAUGGUAGUACAUACUGUAUCUAUGGUAGUAUAUACUAUAUCUAUGGUAGUAUAUACUGUAUCUAUGGUAGUAUAUACUGUAUCUAUGGUAGUACAUACUGUAUCUAUGGUAGUAUAUACUAUAUCUAUGGUAGUACAUACUGUAUCUAUGGUAGUAUAUACUGUAUCUAUGGUAGUAUAUACUGUAUCUAUGGUAGUAUAUACUGUAUCUAUGGUAGUACAUACUGUAUCUAUGGUAGUAUAUACUAUAUAUAUGGUAGUACAUACUGUAUCUAUGGUAGUAUAUACUGUAUCUAUGGUACUGUAUCUAUGGUAGUAUAUACUGUAUCUAUGGUAGUAUAUACUGUAUCUAUGGUAGUACAUACUGUAUCUAUGGUAGUAUAUACUAUAUCUAUGGUAGUAUAUACUGUAUCUAUGGUAGUAUAUACUGUAUCUAUGGUACUGUAUCUAUGGUAGUAUAUACUGUAUCUAUGGUAGUAUAUACUGUAUCUGUCACGAUCAUCAAAAGUAGUGGACCAAGGCGCAGCGUGAUAAGCGUACAUGAUUUAUUAGAUGUACAACACACGAACAAAAACAACAAACGAUACGUGAAGUCCACAGGUUCACCAACACAAACCUACACGGAACAAGAUACCACACCACACAAAUGCCCAACGACUACCUAAGUAUGGUUCCCAAUCAGAGACAACAAGCAACAGCUGAUUCACGUUGCCUCUGAUUGAGAACCACCCCGGCCAACAUAGAAACACAAAACAUAGAAACUAACACCCUGGCUCAACAUUAAAGAGUCCCCAGAGCCAGGGCGUGACAGUAUCUAUGGUAGUACAUACUGUAUCUAUGGUAGUAUAUACUAUAUCUAUGGUAGUACAUACUGUCUCUAUGGUAGUAUACACUGUAUCUAUGGUAGUACAUACUGUAUCUAUGGUACUGUAUCUAUGGUAGUAUAUACUGUAUCUAUGGUAGUAUAUACUGUAUCUAUGGUAGUAUAUACUGUAUCUAUGGAACAUAUAGACAACAUUGUUUUCUCUCCAGUUAUGUUAAAGCUAUUCUCACUAGCUGUAGAUGGUGUAUUUAUGCCCCCCCCCCCCCCCCCCCACACACACACACACACACACUCCCUACAUCUCUUAUUGAUGGUUCCAUCAAAUGAGCGUAGACGUCUGAGGAGAGGCUGGGGGGAUGGAGGGAUAGAGGAGAGGAUAGAGGAUAGAGGGGUGGAAGGAUGGAGGAGAGGAUGGGGGGAUGGAGGGAUGGAGGAGAGGAUAGGGGGAUGGAAGGAUGGACAGAUACUGUAGGUUUGGCUGAGGGAGAACAAAGGCAGCCAGAGAUCAGGAUGCUGCCAUUGUUUCAACCCCUUCUCUCACUCUCUCUGUAGAUAAACUGGAAGAUAAGUGUUGUAUUAAAGGGAGCAGGGUUUCUGUUCCUCUUGAAUAAGGAACACGGCAGUGUACAGGAUAGCAUCUCGAAUAGACGGUUUAUUGACAUGAGCGCCCGCUCAAAGGGUAGCAACCAUGUGACCUUACUCAACAAGUGCACGCACGCCCUCAACAGAUGCACUCUGUUGUCUGUUCCCAUAUUCAACAAAUAGGUGAAAUGAUUUAACAUCACACUAAUUAACAAGCAUAGCAACAGCUCUAAAACUGGGGACAUACUUACAGUAUAACUCCUCUGUCCCUGUGAGUGAUGAUGGUUUCAGUCUCCAUCAGAAACAUACAGUAUAACUCCUCUGUCCCUGUGAGUGAUGAUGGAAUCAAGUUGUUUCCACCUCAUUUCAACCAAAACAUUCAAUGUGAUGACGUUGAAUCAACAUGGAAAACUGAUUGGAUUUGCAAAAAGUCAUCAACUUUCUUUACCCAACUUUUAACCCUAAAUCCAAUGACAGGGUUAAUUUUGGUUGAUUUGACAUUGAAUUCACGUUAGUUGAUAACUCAACCAAAUGUGAAUCAAAACUAGACGUAGAAUUGACGUCUGUGCCCAGUGGGGAUUUCCUUUGGAGCCCCACUAAAAAAAAAAAAACAUGUUCCCAGCCACAGACCAAUCUUCAGCCCAGACCCAAGCUGACCUGUCUAUGAGUCCCCUAUGGGUCCCAGGUCCAGACACACCAUCUGAAACAGUUCUCUAGAGCCCUCAAACUCAGCUGUGGACCUCAAAGCCAGUUCCACUGCAUUUCUUCAUUGUUCCCCUCUAAUCAGGGCUGAUUUAGACCUGGGACACCAGGUUUGUGCAAUUAAUUAUCAGGUAGAACAGAAAACCAGAAGGCUCCGGACGUCGUAGGGUAAGUGUUGAAUACCCCUGGACUAGAGUGUACACUCAGACAUAUGUUGUUGAAUAACCUGUAUUGCAUAAUGCAAUGUGUCCUAAAUCUCUCCUCCGGUACCCCCAGCCAUUACAUUUAUACAGCUACUCUAAUAUUAGCACCUGUUUCAACUACAGCGCUUGAUGUUUCAUUGUUGCCAACACCACUAAGAUUAAGAGAUAUCUCUAUAUCUGUAUUAUAUAUAUCUGUCUAUAUCUAUCUAUAUAUAUCUAUCUCUAUCCUAAUAUCUAUGUCCUCCUGUAGGUCUCUAUCUCUCUCUCUCUCUCUCAUCUCUCUCAUAUCAUAUAUCUCUCUCUAUCUCUGUCUCUCUCUCUCUCUCUCUCUCUCUCUCUCUCUCUCUCUCUCUCUCUCUCUCUCUCUCUCUCUCUCUCUCUCUCUCUCUCUCUCUCUCUCUGUGUCUGUCUCUCUCUCUCUCUCUGUGUCUGUCUCUCUCAAUUCAAUUUCAAUUCAAUUCAAUUUAAGGGCUUUAUUGGCAUGGGAAACGUGUGUUAACAUUGCCAAAGCAAGUGAAGUAGAUAGUAAACAAAAGUGAAAUAAACAAUAAAUAUUAACAGUAAACAUUACACUCAGAAGUUUCAAAAGAAUAAAGACAUUUCAAAUGUCAUAUUAUGUAUAUAUACAGUGUUGUAACAAUGUGCAAAUAGUUAAAGUACAAAUGGGAAAAUAAAUAAACAUAAAUAUGGGUUGUAUUUACAAUGGUGUUUGUUCUUCACUGGUUGCCCUUUUCUUGUGGCAACAGGUCACAAAUCUUGCAGCUGUGAUGGCACACUGUGGUUUUUCACCCAGUAGAUAAGGGAGUUUAUCAAAAUUGGGUUUGUUUUCGAAUUCUUUGUGGAUCGCUGUAAUCUGAGGGAAAUAUGUGUCUCUAAUAUGGUCAUACAUUUGGCAGGAGGUUAGGAAGUGCAGCUCAGUUUCCACCUCAUUUUGUGGGCAGUGUGCACAUAGCCUGUCUUCUCUUGAGAGCCAGGUCUGCCUACGGCGGCCUUUCUCAAUAGCAAGACUAUGCUCACUGAGUCUGUACAUAGUCAAAGCUUUCCUUAAGUUUGGGUCAGUCACAGUGGUCAGGUAUUCUGCCACUGUGUACUCUACGUUUAGGGCCAAAUAGCAUUCUAGUUUGCUCUGUUUUUUUGUUUGUUCUUUCCAAUGUGUCAUGUAAUUCUCUUUUUGUUUUCUCAUGAUUUGGUUGGGUCUAGUUGUGUUGUUGUUGUUGUUGUCCUGGGGCUGUGUGGGGUCUGUUUGUGUUUGUGAACAGAGCCCCAGGACAAGCUUACUUAGGGGACUCUUCUCCAAGUUCAUCUCUCUGUAGGUGAUGGCUUUGUUAUGGAAGGUUUGGGAAUCGCUUCCUUUUAAGUGGUUAUAGAAUUUAACGGCUCUUUUCUGGAUUUUGAUAAUAUUUUUUUAUAUAUACAGCUACUCUAAUAUUAGCACCUGUUUCAACUACAGCGCUUGAUGUUUCAUUGUUGCCAACACCACUAAGAUUCAGAGAUCUCUCUCUCUCUGUCUCUGUCUCUCUCUCUCUGUCUCUCUCUCUCUCUCUCUCUCUCUCUCUCUCUCUCUCCUCAGACUCGUGGAGGAACGUGAGGGUGAAGGAGGAUGUAGCAGAGGUGAUGCUCCAGAAGCUGAGAGACAGGACAGAGUUCACUGUGCUGGCCACUCUGAAGCAGGAGAGACUCAACUCUGGCGUAUUGCUCUCCAUACACCAUGCAGAGCACAGGUAAGACACAGUCCUCUCCAUUUGCUUUGCAGAGCACUGGUAAGACACAGUCCUCUCCAUACACCAUGCAGAGCACAGGUAAGACACAGUCCUCUCCAUACACCAUGCAGAACGCAGGAAGACAGUCCUCUCCAUACACCAUGCAGAACACAGGAAGACACAGUCCUCUCCAUACACCAUGCAGAACACAGGAAGACACAGUCAUCUCCGUACACCAUGCAGAACACAGGAAGACACAGUCCUCUCCAUACACCAUGCAGAACACAGGAAGACACAGUCCUCUCCAUACACCAUGCAGAACACAGGAAGACAUAGUCCUCUCCAUACACCAUGCAGAACACAGGAAGACACACAUCUGGACUUAGAAACCAUUUGUGUGCUGUUAUGUAAUGGAGAUAGAACGUGCCAUAAACGCACUCCACAGCUAGCUUGAAAUGUCGCCAAUGGUGCAAUCGAAUUGGAUCCUUUUCUAUAGCUCAAACCGGCCACUUGUGUUUGCGAGGUAGACGACCCUGGUUCAAGCCCAGUGAGACAAGGUAGAGGACCUGGUUCAAGCCCAGUGAGACAAGGUAGAGGACCUGGUUGAAGCCCAGUCAGAGACAAGAUAGAGGACCCUGGUUCAAGCCCAGUCAGAGACACUAUAGAGAACCCUGGUUCAAGCCCAGUCAGAGGCACUAUAGAGAACCCUGGUUCAAGCCCAGUCAGAGACAAGAUAGAGGAACCUGGUUCAAACCCAGUCAGAGACAAGAUAGAGGACCCUAGGUCAAGCCCAGUCAGAGGCACUAUAGAGAACCCUGGUUCAAGCCCAGUCAGAGACAAGAUAGAGGACCCUGGUUCAAACCCAGUCAGAGACAAGAUAGAGGACCCUGGUUCAAGCCCCGUCAGAGACAAGAUAGAGGACCCUGGUUCAAGCCCAGUGAGAGACAAGUGAGGACCCUGGUUCAAGCCCAGUGAGACAAGGUAGAGGACCCUGGUUCAAGCCCAGUCAGAGACACUAUAGAGGACCCUGGUUCAAGCCCAGUCAGAGACACUAUAGAGGACCCUGGUUCAAGCCCAGUCAGAGGCACUAUAGAGGACCCUGGUUCAAGCCCAGUCAGAGACAAGAUAGAGGACCCUGGUUCAAGCCCAGUCAGAGACAAGAUAGAGGCCCUGGUUCAAGCCCAGUCAGAGACAAGGUAGAGGACCCUGGUUCAAGCCCAGUCAGAGGCACUAUAGAGAACCCUGGUUCAAGCCCAGUCAGAGACAAGAUAGAGGCCCUGGUUCAAGCCCAGUCAGAGACACUAUAGAGAACCCUGGUUCAAGCCCAGUCAGAGGCACUAUAGAGAACCCUGGUUCAAGCCCAGUCAGAGACAAGAUAGAGGACCCUGGUUCAAGCCCAGUCAGAGACAAGAUAGAGGACCCUGGUUCAAGCCCAGUCAGAGGCUGGUUCAGGGAGGCAGCGCUACAUGCUAAGCUAGCACACUGGCUGUUUUAUACAGUAGUCAGUAAAAACAGCUGAAGGGGGACUCCAUCAGAGGAGGCUGGUGAAGGGAGGAUGGCUCAUAAUAAUGGAUGGAAUGGAGUGAAUGGAAUGGUAUCAAACACAUGGAAACCAUUCCAUUAAUUCCGUUCCAGACAUUACUAUGAGCCAGUCCUCCCCAUUUAAAGUGCCGCCAGCCACCACUGGACUCCAUAUGUAAUAAAGAGGCAAGAGCCUAACCUCCAAA